AUGGUAGUACUUGUCACUGUCGCACGAGCAGCUUCGGUCCGAUCAGGCGCUGCUAUGAAGCUCGCAUCAAGGACCCUGUGCCAUCAAACAUCUUCGUCCGUGCGAGCAUACUCGACGUCUUCUGGAUUCAAGAUCACCGCCGCUCGCAUCACAGCGAACGGAAGCGCCUCUCAAAGACCUACUCGAAAUGGCGCUCGGUACUCUGCUGCUGCUGCUGCGGCAGCCAUCACUGUCGUGGCUCUGACUACAUGGCGCGCUACCUCCUCACCGUUGCACAAUGAGGCACCUGCUCAGUCUGUAGCCUUCAACGACGAUAUUACACCCACCACGAUGUCACAACAAGAUCAGAUGCGACAGCGCGCAAAGCUUCAAGGUGUCUUUGCCUGGGGUUCCAAUCGGUACAAUGUCGUUGCGCCCGAUGCUCCUCAGGUGACGCUAAUCCGCUCACCGAGGUCCAUUCCCUUUUUUGACGGCGUCGCGCUGCGAGAUAUCAACCUGCAAGAAAAACAUGGAGUAGCAGUAGAUGCCAAUGGUGAUAUCUAUCAAUGGGGUCUCGGAUUCUUCGACCCUUCCGUACGUGAAAUGACCGCGGUUGAGGAUGUUCCACUCGGUCGUCGCCGCGAAAAGACUGGUGCUAACCAAAAUGCUCCGCUUGGCAGCACCGCUAGCUUGGUUCUCAAUCCAGUCAAAACUCUUACCGGCAAGAAAAUUGUCAAGGUUGAAGCCACGGAGGAAAAGGUGUACGCGCUGUCCAAGGACGGUCAUGUCUACGUCUUUUCAGCGGUGCAGCAGCUUCAGGCAAAACCAAAAUACCCUGGCUGGUCGCCCAACCCACUUAAGCUUUUCAACGCCUUUGCUAGCGCCACCAUCGAUCACGAAGUGCUUCAGCCUGCUCCUUCUGUUCGCUGGGGUAGCACGGAAAAAGCGGUUGACAUUGUAGCUGGAAACCACCACCUACUGACCAUCUCUAACAAGGGUCGCACGUUUGCGACACCCAUUGGCGAAGAGGGUAAUGCCUUUGGUCAGCUCGGUACCCGACGGGUCUGGCUCAAUUCUCCAAAGACUCCAGACAGUAAGGCGGGCUAUAUCGAGACGCUUCUCGAGCCACGCGUCUUUGCGGAGCUCGAGGAGAACCACGGCGGACGCCCCAUUGCGACUCUCGUUCCGUCAGGCUGGCUGCCUGCUCCAUCGUCAGAGACCAACCGCACCUCCAAGCCCAAAGCCAUCGACGAAGCUGUGUUCGAAACUAGCACCAACCCAGCACCGCCUCCUAAGCCACUCACCGAGCCAUCUGGUAGCAUUAGAUGGUGCACGACGCUCCACGAGAUUCCUGCCCUGCGCAAUAUCAAUGUGGUUCAGAUCGCUGCGGGAAGUGAGCACUCGCUAGCUCGUACCUACGACGGUCGCGUGCUUUCAUGGGGCCGCCAUACACAUGGUCAGUGCGGACUGGGUCCUAGCUUCAGCAUGGAAUGCGUGCCCGUCCCGACUGAGGUGGUGCUCAGUCGAUCGUUCCCCAACAGCUCAGCCGAUGUGCGGGCGAGCUCGAUCGCAGCAGGUGCCGACAACUCGUUCUUCAUGACGACACGCCGCGAGCCCAGCAGUGUCGGAAAUGGACUCAAGAUUGACCUGCUUGCUUCGGGCAAAGGUCAGUGGGGUACGAUUGGGAAUGCGAUGUGGAGUCAAGUAGUAUCACAACCUUCUCGCGUCAAGACGGUCUCGGGGUUGAUGGAAUUUUCCGAGGCAACUGGCAUGACGCACCCCGUUCCUAUUCACAGUAUCAGUAUCGGAAAGCCCGGUCACGCCGCUCUCGUGUUGGACACGGUCGAAUCAGCUGGUCACCUCGCUUUUGGCAGAGACGUGAUGGUGUGGGGCGCCAACGCUGGAUUCCAACUCGGUCUUAGCAAGCGAUCCAACCUGGCCGUGCCACAGCAUCUCAAACCACUACCUGCGCUGACCUCCACAGUGGGUGGCAGCAUCAUUUCGGAACAGGACGGUCUUGUCGUCAACCCGGCAAAGACAGCCGCUUUCGCCGCGACCACCUUGCCGACAGUGGACCCGAAGCUGCGAGAAGCAGACAUCAACUCGGGCGCACUCACGCAUAUGCCGCACAACCGACUGCAGCUCGCGUCCAAGACCAAAGCUGAUACGCAUCUUCCACCUACCAUAUUGCCCAAGGAUCAGCUGGCGGCACCUGCAACCCCAUCAGCGGUGCAGACGGGUAAAGUGAAGAAGGGUUUGAUGCUCGAGGAGAGUAUCAAGGCGGGCACCGUAUCGACUGUUGUGUAUUGGAAGAUUCUCCAGUGA